GAUAGUAUUCUUCUUUCUUUUUUCCUCAUAGUCUUCAGUGAUUUCACCGAGUGGAACCGUUUUAGAAAGAGAAAGAGAGAAGUCUUCAAAAUAUUGUUCUUUAUCAUCUUCUUCUCCAGUUUUUGUCCUCAUUUAAAAUUUAAUUCUUCAUUUUCUUAUCCUCUCAAAAACCUUAGCCGUUUGGUUUAAUAUACAUAUAGCACCACCGACUGGACUAUCUUUCCUCUCUUUGGGUUUAUCUGAUUAUGGUCAUGUCUAUAAGUAGCUCUCUAGUGGAAACAAAAAGAAUAGUAAUCAUCAUCACUUCUAUAUACUAUUUGAGGAAUGGGUUUUGAACCUGAGCAAAAAAAUAAGCUUUUUGUUGGUGUUGGUGUUUCUUUCAUGGAGUCUUCUAACAAAACCAACGAUCCACUAGAGAGUAAUAAUAAUGAUCAGAUUUCUUCUGGAGAUCAGCACCAACAACAGUUUUAUCAAAUUCCUCCUCCUCAUCAUCAGCACCAGCAAAAUAAUCAGAUAUCUUUCGGAAUGAUGCAGCAAUCAUCUUCUGCUAGUAUUCAUGGAAGCUUCUUCAAAGACAGUGCUGGAGCUUAUGAUUUAGGUGAACUAGAUCAAGCACUCUUUCAAUAUCUUGAUGGCCAAGACCCUUCAUCAAUCCAUGUCCAAAGACAGAUGAGACCACCAACUCUGAACAUAUUUCCAUCUCAACCCAUGCAUGUCGAGCCAUCUUCAACAAAUAAGAUGAAUACUGGAUUAGUUUCUCCAGCAAUAAGUGGUUCCAAGAAAUCAUCUCAGCCGUCCAUGGAGUUAUCUAACCCCAAAAAUAAUGACGUUCCUUCUGCUUCUGGUCCUGAACAACCAAAAGUUGCUAAGCGAGAGGGGAACAGGAAGGGUCCAACUUCAAGUUCAGAACAAGAUGGACCGAAAAUACCAGAUCCAAAGACAUUGAGGAGACUUGCUCAGAAUAGAGAGGCAGCAAGGAAAAGUAGACUAAGGAAAAAAGCUUAUGUUCAACAGCUAGAAUCGAGUAGAAUCAGGCUUACUCAAUUAGAGCAAGAACUACAAAGGGCUAGAGCACAAGGAUACUAUUUUGGCGGAACUGCCGUUUUAGGAGGAGACCAAAACCUUCCAGUUAAUAUGGGCAGCAUCAGCUCAGAUGCUGCAGUUUUCGACAUGGAGUAUGCAAGGUGGCUGGAGGAACACCAUCGACUAAUGUGCGACCUUCGAAAUGCAGUGCAAGAGCAUUUUCCAGAAAACGAGCUUCGAAUCUAUGUCGACAAUUGUGUAACACAUUACGACGAGAUAAUGAACCUCAAGAGUAUGCUUGCAAAGUCUGAUGUCUUUCAUCUUGUUUCUGGUAUGUGGAAGACUCCAGCUGAACGUUGCUUCAUGUGGAUGGGAGGCUUUCGUCCAUCUGAACUCCUCAAAAUUAUCCUGAGUCAGAUUGAGCCAUUAACAGAACAACAACUCCUGGGCAUUUGCGGGUUACAACAAUCAACACAAGAAGCAGAGGAUGCUCUCUCACAAGGACUUGAAGCUCUAAAUCACUCUCUCUCAGACACCAUUGCCUCUGAUGCAUUGUCUUGUCCUCAAAAUAUGGCCAACUACAUGGGCCAAAUGGCUCUUGCCAUGAACAAACUCUCCACUCUUGAAGGUUUUGUUAGACAGGCAGAUAAUUUGAGACAGCAAACAAUACAUCGGCUGCAUCAAGUGCUCACGACUCGUCAAGUCGCUAGAUGCUUUCUGGCAAUCGCUGAAUAUUUUCAUCGGCUUCGAGCUCUCAGCUCUCUUUGGCUGGCGCGCCCACGAUAGGAAUAAGAGUGAAAACACUUUUAAUUACAUAAUCAGCUGGGCUUCUAUAAUUUUUCCUUAUCUAUUUCCCUUUCAUUAUUUAUGUUUUGCUUCCUUUUUAAUUUCCAUCCCGUUAACCUUUUUUUUUUUUUUCAUAGAGAUGUAUAGUUAGACAAAACAAACAACUAGAAUAAAAUUAUAAACUAGAAGCUGUUCAUUUU